UCCCCCGUGUAAGAGUGAGGUGGAGGAGGACGUUCCAGGAGAUGUCACCACAGAAAAUCCUUUUGAGGGAAACGUCAUGUUACCACUAAAUUAUAAAGCUAAAGAUGAAGAUGUCCUGCAGAGCUCUUCAGGAGAAAACCUCAAUACCUUUAAUGUUCAUCCAGGACAUCACAGUACAGAUCUGUCAUAUAUUCCCCCUAAUCACGAGGAACCUUCUCUUGACCAGAUUGCUACCCCAAAUACAGGUCAGAAAGAGGAUGAAAAGUGUCACUGUGGUAAAGAGUUCAUUAAAAGCUCAGGUAUUUCUACACACAGAAGAACCCUCACAGGAGAAAAGCCAUUUUCAUGUUUUCUUUGUGGAAAAUGCUUUAUUAAUAAAUCAAAUCUUGUUCGACAUCAGAGAAGUCACACAGGAGAGAAGCCAUUUUCAUGUUUUCUAUGUGGAAAAUGCUUUAUUAAUAAAUCAAAUCUUCUUACGCAUGAGAGAAUUCACAAAGGAGAGAAGCCAUAUUCAUGUUCACAAUGUGGUAAAUGUUUUACACAGAGAUCAAAUCUUGUGAAACACGAGCGAAUUCACACAGGAAAGAAGCCGUAUUCAUGUUCAGAAUGUAAAAAGUGCUUUAUAGAUACAUCAAGUCUUACUAAGCAUACGAGAAUUCACACAGGGGAGAAACCAUAUUCAUGUUCAGAAUGUGGGAAAAGUUUUAUUACUAAAUGCAAACUUAGAGAUCAUCACAGAAUUCACACAGGAGAGAAGCCAUAUUCAUGUUCAGAAUGUGGGAAACGUUAUACUUCUAAAGCAAAACUUAGGAAUCAUCAGAGAAGUCACACGGGAGAGAAGCCAUUGUGAUGUUCUAGAUCUGGAAAUGUCUGCACAAAAUCAUAUUUUGAAAAUUAUCAGAGAAUUCACAUACAGAAAACAACAUACUUUGGAAUCUGGGAAAUGCUACUGUGACUGAGAUCCUCAGAGGAAAAGUAUUGUGGAUAUAAGGAAGAAAAAUGUCCCUAUGAACCUUGCUUCUUAUCACUGUAUUCACACCUCCACCCACACUACGGGAGACUCCAGAGUGACAUGGGGAGAAGUAACGACGCUCGGUGUAAUUGUUUUAUAACGUAUGUGGACAUAUAAAUGUUUCCUCUUCAUUAUAUAAAAGGAUAAAAGUGAAAGAACUGAGCAAAACCCUAACAGACUGCAAUAAUUUAUUAAAAGAAAAUCCGACAUACCUCUGACAUUUACUUUUGCAGGGAAAGAGAUAUUUCUGACAACCUGAACGACCUGAAAUGACUGGAGAAGCAGGUGCUGCAGAUUUGGCACAAAUGAUUAGAGCAUUCCUGUUUGAUGCAUUUUAGUAGGGUUGUUUCUGCACCAUGGCUGUGGGUGAAUGGGACAGUUGUGGACUGUAAUAAAUCUGCCAUGUGUGAAUAUGUCCUUAGACUGGAGGCACACAUGCAGUUUUUGUUUAAAUGGUGCAUAAAAGAAACACUGCUCUGAGCGCUCUGCACUUUCAGCUUUCGUUGGCUUUGCAUGUCUGUCUUAGCAUGUGAAGUAUGGAUCCAGCAUGUAUCUGUAGAAAGUAUAUGGGAUCCGAACUCCACUCGGACAGCUGAGUAAAGCGAUGAACGCUGGAGAUGCAGAGCACCACUUCUGCCCUUUUGUGUUUUUAUUUAUUUUUACAAAAGUUUUAGGUACUCUUUUGCUUUUCGUGGACAUGAUAGGAAUAACCAGCCUAAGCUCCAACUGUUGAUACUUGGAGUUAUGGAAAUGGCGAGCUGCACUUUUCUGUUUCUGUAAUUACCAUAGCAAUGAAUGAGAGCUACGCAAAGAGUGUAGCACAGCUAGAUAUCAGGUCUCUGUAAUGCCCACAUUACUGGAAACAGCGUGGCCUGCUUUAUUUGCGUACCUCUUCCUCACUGGUAUGGGAGAUAUGGGAACACCAGAGCGCAGCCAUCCCAGAUAUUCCCAUAACCCCAACCGGCCAGCGCAGAGAUGAAAGGCAGAGAUGGGAAUAACCCUUUAGAGGGAUUGUCCGGAAAUAACCCUUUAGAGGGAUUUUUUUAAAACAAAAAAACACUCCUAAUGCCCCUGCCCAGUUUCCAGUCCCUGCAGAACCAGAAGGUAGCUGUGUCCCAUGAUUUCUUCAGCCCAUCGCAGGCCUCAGCGGUCACAUCUGAUUGAACGGUACAUCUCCGCAGUAACACAUCAUUCAAGCAGAUGUGGCCGCCACUCGCAGUCCUCAGUGGUAACAGUCAGAGGAUCAAGCCAAAGUACUGCAGGAAGCGGAAGUUCUGUCACAAAAGCUUAACUGUUUUUCUAGCUGUGUGAAUUCUACUUUCACUUUGUGCCGGUCAUCUAAUAACCCUUAUCUCUAAAUUACGAAGAGGUCCUAAACACUUAUUUUAGCCACAUUCUUAUCAUUACGAUAAGAACUGAGCUAUAAUGAGUAUUUAUAAAGGCAGGAAUCACAGAUAGCGAGCCUCCAGCUAAGUUACAUGACGGAAAGAGUAAAAAUACAGAGCCUGCUGCUAGAGAAUCCCAGGGCUGUUCAGAGAAAGGGACUCAACAUUUGUAAAAAAAAAAGACCAAUUGAAAGAAAUGAUUUUAGCUCAAAGUGAAUACUGUAUACCGGUAAUGGAAUAAUAUUAGAAAAAAAUCCUCCAAAAGGUGUACAUGGCCUUUAGCAUUACAUAUUUGUCAUUGAUGUUCAUCCCUCUCCUGGUCUUGGCUAAAAAAUAAAAUAUAUUUGCUCCAUGAACUGCAUUAUGAUUCCAGCCUGUUCUAGGAAGACUUUUUCUUAUUUGUACCUCAGACAUAUAGUAGGUUUUGGUUUCAGGUCAUCAGAAAGGCUAUAGAUGUCUAGUCUACUAGUUUAUAAAAAAUUCUGAGUUUGACCCAAAAUUGAAUAUUUAGUGAUUUCAUUCAGGAGGAGAGGGAGGGAAGUGCAAUUUUUCAGGCAAUCAGGACACUUGUGAUCCAGGUAGAAUUGACAUGUACCUGAAUUGCCUGGCCAAUUCAGAUGAGUUGAAAGAUCUUUAGUGUCUACAGAUCUGGAAAGGAAAUUGGCUAAAUGGAUGUCAAUCGGUCCACUGUACAGGAAGCUAUAGGUGGAGAUUUCCGACUGCUGCCCAUUGGGGCAGGCUAGUCUGUGCCCUCAGCCUCAUUCUGAUAGAACUGUGAUGGCUAACCUCCGGCACUCCAGCUGUGGUAAAACUAUGACUCCCAAGAUGAACUCUUGCUUGGCUGUUCUCAGAACUUCAUAAAAAUGAAUAGAGCAUGCUGGGAGUCAUAGUUUCACCACAGCUGGAGUGCUGGAGGUUAGCCAUCACUGUGAUAGAAGAAGUCAAGAUGCUGAGGAAGGUGGGUCAGUGUAUAUUUGUGAGACCUACAGGUGGCUUCCUCCAUUAAUGAUGUCUACUACUGCAAAAAGGCAGCAAACUUAAAUCUACUUUGCGGGUGUGCUAGAAGAUAACCCUUGCUAUGCAAAAAAAAAAAAAAAGCAUGGUAAGACUUUAGUGGAAAAAAGAAAGACCAGCAGGAUGGAAUGAUUUCCACGUCUUCUAUGUUUUAGAUUUUGGUUAACAUACACUAAUUCUAAAUACUGACCAGAGUCCCUUUCACAUACGUCCAGUGAUUUGGUUCGAUUGUCCUGCAGAGUGAAGUAGAAAUGCCCGGGAGGGGACUAAAGCUACUACGGAUGCCACAGUUCUCAUACAUUCGGUGCAUCAGUUGUGAUGCCGCAUGCCAAAUAGUGGCAGACAGAAUAGCGCUGCAUGCUGCUGAGUUUUUCUGUCUGGUGCCAUCAGUGGAUGGACACUAGAUCUGUGCACUGAAGUGCAUUUUACAUAUAUCAGUUGUGUCUAGUUCCCGGCCUGAAGUAGUUAGCCGGACACAACUGAUAUAUGUGA